AUGAAAAUCCUGAUUUUUGGAUCUAGUGGAGACCUGGCUAUGAGAAAGCUUUUCCCUGCACUUUCAAAGAUAGAUUUGGAUGGCGUAGAGAUCAUAGGAUACGCAAGGACAAAGUAUGACACAGAGUUUUCCGAUGUUUUACAAGAGGUUGGAAACUACACUCCAGAGUUCAUUUCCAAAGUCACAUACAUCCGGGGUGCAUAUAGCAACCUUUCAAAGCUCAAGGAUGUUGUGGACUCAGAGACAAUCGUGUAUUUUUCUGUGCCUCCCUCUGUGUAUACAGUUCUUCUUGCAGAGAUAUCAAAGCUAGAGUACAAGAUGGCUGCUGUAGAAAAACCAUAUGGAGAGGACAUCCGGUGCUUUCAGAUGAUGGAGGAGUUUGAUCUUAGCAGAACUGUGUUUAUAGAUCACUAUCUGCUUAAGCCGAUGGUAGUGUCUGCUCCAAGGAUCAUUUGCGAAUAUGGGAUUCGAAAGGUCCUGGACAACAAACAUGUGAAAAGUGUGGAGAUAGUAUCGAAGGAAGCAAUUGGAGGAGAAGGAAGACACUAUUUUGAUAAGAAUGGAAUCAUAAAGGAUAUAAUGCAAAACCACAUGGCAGAGCUUCUUGCAAUAGUUGCUUCAGACAAUGAGUGCACGCAUGCUGGAGCAUCUAGAGCAGCAGAAAUAUGUGCAAGGAUGGAUGUAUUCGCUGCAUGCACAAUCAAUACCGAAAAGUGUGUGUAUGGACAGUAUGAGGACUACAAUAAAGAACUCCACAAUGAAUCAACAACUGAGACAUUCUGCAUGCUACCUGUAUACAUCAACAAGCCAAGAUGGUCUGGCAUUCCGUUCAUCAUGAUUGCAGGAAAGGGAAUGAAUGAGAAACGAACAGAAAUAUCCUUUGAGUUCAAGAAAGAUGCGUAUCAAAAGUGUAUGAGUCUUAUUUCGUUACAGGAUCAAUCUACAUACAAAACAAUUCAUGUUAAUCAAAUCUCACAGAUCAAGCUGAUUUUUAAUGUUUAUCCUAGAUGCGAAGUGUUCCUGAAGGUUGAUGUUGGAGAACAUGUGUUUGAGUAUGUUAUUUGCAACAAAAAGUCUGUUGAAGAGAUUAUGCAGCAGAACUAUGGUGCAUAUAAUGAUCAUGAAAUAGUUUUUGACUGUCUUGUAAGAAACAAGGAGUUCAGUAACGUCAGUUCGAAUGAAGCAGAUCUUCUGUGGAAACUGUUUGAUCCUGUGCUUUCGAUAUCCAAAGGGCCAAUGUUGUUUUACUACUCGAAGGGAAUUGACAUUCCUAUAGAAGCUGAAGAGAUGAUUAAGAAGAUUAAAAAGGAGUAA